CAAAGAACAAAAUGAGACCGAAAGAACGAAUACAGUAAUCAAAUUCACAACAUCUCUACCGUCAAAAUAUCGAUAUAUCUUCAAAUACAAAACCCUACCAAACACUGGAAGAACCCAAGCAUUGGAAACACCCACCGGUGAGAAAACAACCUAGCGCGCCAAAAAAAAUCCAGUCUAAUCCCGAGAUUGUGAAAAAAUGCAGUCUUAUCUGCAAUAUCGUCGAUUGGGAGAUUCCAUCCGCGCACAGCUGGAUCACGCUCACGCCCAGCACAAUGCCAAAUCCACCGUGAAAAAAGACCUUAACGGGGGCUCUGAGUCGGACUCGAAAUCAUCCAGCUCGGCCGAGAGCGUAGGUCGAAUCAGUAACGACCAUAUCGUCGCAGGAACAUCGAAUCCUGAUUCGCAGUCAUUGGAGGAAAAUGGAACACAGCGCUCGGAAAAGCUGGCUCUAGCUCAUUCCCUUGCUGGUGUCGAUAUCCAGAAACAACUUGCGUCGACGAACCAGCCGGCGGAUUUGUUUAUUGUUGGAUGGGAUGGGCGGGAUGACCCGCAGAAUCCGAUGAACUAUAGUUUUUCGAGGCGGCUUGUUGCGACGUUGCUCGUGUCUGCGCUGGCAUGGGUGGUUGGUGCGGCGUCGUCGAUUAAUUCGGGCGUCCUACCCCAGAACACGGCGGCCUUUGGCGUCAGUGACGUUGUGGGAUCUCUCGUAACAGGUGUGUACCUGUUAGGUUUCGCAGCUGGAUCACUUGUCAGCGGUCCACUGUCUGAGAUUCUGGGACGCAAUGUGGUUUAUACAGCCUCAUUGACCCUGUUCAUGAUCUUUAUUAUGGGCUCUGCUCUGGCGCCCAAUAUUGGUGCUCAGCUGGCCUUUCGCUUUCUGGCGGGCAUUUUCGGUUGUCCACCACUGACCUGCGCAGGUGGGACAAUCGCCGAUCUCUGGAAUCCACUCGAGAAGACGAUCUACUUCCCCAUGUACGCGAUUCUUUCCUUCGGCGGGCCAGUCCUGGGACCGGUGAUUGCUUCGUACAUGGGUCAAACGGGUGUUCUCUCCUGGCGCUGGACUGCGUGGAUCAUCCUCAUCAUGUCGGGCGCCAUCUUGGUCCUGAUCAUCCUGUUCCAGCCGGAGACGUACUCGCCACUGCUUUUGAAGUGGAAGGGCAAGCAACUGCGCAGAAUUACUGGUGACACUCGCUUCCGCUCGGAGAUGGACAUGGAGAAGAUUGGCUUGUUCAGCCGUAUCGGCAGUGCAAUGAAGCGCCAGGUCUUGAUUACCAUUCACGAGCCCAUCAUCUUGUUGAUCUCGCUGUAUAUGACCGUGUUGUAUAUCGUGUUGUUCACCUUCUUCGAUGGGUAUACGUACAUCUUCACCGAUGUGCAUGGUCUAUCACAGGGUCUGACAAAUAUCGUUUGGGUUGCGAUGUAUGUCGGUAUCUCGCUCGCCACAUUCCUUGUCUUCCCUAUCUAUAGGUGGACGAAGAAGGAGUUUACUCAAGCGGCACAAGCAGUCAACGGCGCCGAUCCGGCCACAGAUCCGCAUGCCCUUGAUGGUGUGCACACACAACCUGAGAUUAGAUUGUGGUUUGCCAUGUUCGGAGCCCCUGCUAUCCCGAUCAGUCUCUUCUGGAUGGGGUGGACCGACUUUGAGAAUAUAUCAGUGUGGUCACCUAUACUCGCAUCCAGCCUCUUCGGCUUCGGUACGAUCUGCGUAUUCAUCAGCUCGUACAUGUAUGUCAUCGACUCGUAUAGCGUCUAUGCUGCCUCGGCACUGGGUUUCAUGACGGUUUCCCGGUAUUGCGCUGCGGGUGGGAUGGCAGUUGUCGGGAUCCCGUUCUAUGAGAAUAUGGGUGUUCAUUGGACACUGACUAUCCUGGGAUGUAUCAGUGCUUUGCUGGUUCCUGUGCCAUAUGUGUUUUACGUAUAUGGUCCCGUGAUUCGGCGGUGGAGUCGGUAUGCUGUUGCAGAGGAAAGCAAAGCCUAGGACUGACGAGGCAAUGUAAAUAAGAAGAGGAAGACUGUAUUUACUCCUGGCGGACGUUGAUAUUUGACCAACAAAGCAUGCGUUCUGGCGUCUUGUACAUAGAAAACCUCCGGUGGAAGCUGGUAACGAGUCCGGCCGCGAAGGUCCUUGAUUAAUCCAAUGUGGAAUGUUUGAUUUCUCAUUAUCGGCCGUUAGUAUAUUCAAGGAUGCCUUUAAUCCCGGUUGACCCGAUC